AUGGUGCUUCCAAUCCUAGGGUUGAUACUUCUGUCAAGCGGUAUUGCUUUCGGGGCUCCAGCAUCCCCGGCAGCGACGCCAAUAUUCCAUGCUUCACAAAUUCGAUCCGUCAGCGACCCUAUAGUUCAUUACUACCUGCAGACGGAUCCCAAUGACUCAACCAAGCCUGUCCUUGGUCCCGAAGAUGGUGCCGAAUAUUAUACCAUUUAUUCAGAUGGCACCAUGCAAUCGGCCAACACGUCUGCGUGGGUGAAUAUUGCUCCAUUGAAUAGCACGACAUCUUCGUACAAGCCCCUUGUGCUCGGUCAGACAUCGAACUCAUCGGCCUGGGGUUUAGAGGGAGAUACCGUUGAGACUAUAGAGACUAGCCAAUGGGGAAGGCAGUUAAACUUUGUGGCUUGUUCCCUACAAAGCAAUGGGUCGUCAUCCUCGAGCGAUUAUUGGGAAGUGUGGUUGCAGGAGGGAAGUGAUGAGCCGACUGGGAGGAAUUGCACCAAUUAUCAGACACUGCAUUUCCCUUUCAUUGAAUUAUGUCUGGCCCAAAGUUCCACAGCAACGGUCUACGAAGACCCUGGGACCGGGAUCACUUUCGAUACCUGGCCGGUUCCCUCCAGCUCGACGCAAGGUGGCAUGACAUUUGGUCUCACUCUUCCGAGUGACGCGUUGACAACGGAUGCAACCGAAUUCAUUGGAUAUCUUCAAUGCUCGUCGACCAAUUCGACAUCUGCAGGAUGGUGCGGAAUUUCUCUGGGAGGCUCGAUGGUCAACAACUUGCUGUUGAUGGCUUAUCCGUACAACGGGACCAUUUUAACAUCCUUCCGAUUUGCUGGUGGUUAUGUGAUGCCCGAUCUGUACACAGGCAAUGCAACGCUCACCCAGAUUUCGUCAACCAUUACCGAUACGGACUAUACUUUGAUCUUCCGGUGCCAAAACUGUUUUUCGUGGAAUCAAACCGGCACGACAGGUGCUGUAUCUACCAGCAAAGGCAAUUUAGUUCUUGCAUGGGCCCAGGCAAUUGCAUCACCCACCAAUCCCUCUUGUCCGAACAAUGUUUCAUUAGUGCAGCAUGACGCCCAGGACAUCUGGGUUGCAACUCUAGACAGUAAUGCUGCUAAUUCGUCUUAUGAUGACUGGGCUGCCCUUGCCACGAAGACUGUGACCGGAGACUGUGGAGGUGGCGGCGGUUCAUCAACACCCACACCGGUUCCAGUACCCAGCGGCUCUGUUUUUGACUAUAUUGUGGUUGGUGGUGGAGCAGGAGGUAUCCCAAUCGCCGAUAAACUCAGUGAGAGUGGGAAGAGUGUUUUGCUUAUCGAAAAGGGCCCGCCGUCCUCUGGGCGUUGGGGUGGUACCAUGAAACCCGACUGGCUGGAUGGCACAAAUUUGACACGCUUUGACGUCCCUGGUCUUUGCAAUCAGAUCUGGCACGACUCUGAUGGCAUCGCAUGCACGGACACGGAUCAGAUGGAAGGUUGUGUCUUGGGCGGGGGAACGGCGGUUAAUGCAGGACUUUGGUGGAAGCCAUAUUCGCUGGAUUGGGAUUAUAAUUUCCCCACUGGUUGGCAGUCCGCCGAUAUGCAGAGUGCCACGGAUAGGGUGUUCUCUCGUAUACCUGGAACCGAUCACCCUUCGACUGACGGGCAGUUAUACUUGCAACAAGGGUUCGACAUAAUAUCAAGCGGGUUGGCAGCUUCAGGCUGGCAGUCCAUAACCGUCAAUGAUCAACCUGAGCUGAAGAAUCACACGUACGGACAUACUGAGUAUAUGUUCUCCCACGGUGAACGUGGUGGGCCAAUGGCCACAUAUCUAGAGACUGCGAGUGCUCGAAGCAACUUUCAGCUCUGGAUGAACACAACUGUCAAGAGAGUGACCAGAACCGGAGGCCAUGUCACGGGAGUGGAGGUGGAAGCAUACUUAGAUGGGGGCUAUGAAGGAACCGUGAACUUGACCUCGGUCACAGGAAGAGUCAUUCUAUCAGCCGGAACAUUUGGCACCGCGAAGAUCCUUAUGCGAAGUGGUAUUGGACCCACGGACCAGUUGCAAAUAGUUCAAUCGUCGACUGAUGGUCCAACAAUGAUAUCGAACACCUCAUGGAUUGAUCUUCCCGUGGGUUAUAAUUUGGAUGAUCAUGUUAAUACCGAUACCGUCAUUACCCACCCAGAUGUGGUAUUUUAUGACUUCUACGCGGCAUACACCGAUCCGAACGAGACUGACGCCGCGAAUUACUUGAACAGCCGGACUGGUAUCUUGACGCAAGCGGCACCGAACAUUGGACCAAUGUUCUGGGACGAGAUUGAAGGCGCUGAUGGUAUUGUUCGUCAACUACAAUGGACGUCCCGCGUUGAAGGGUCGGAUGGAACCGCUGACGGUAAUGCAAUGACCAUGAGCCAGUACCUCGGCAGGGGAGCAACUUCGCGUGGCCGAAUGACAAUUACGGCUGGUUUGAAUACAGUUGUGUCGACACUACCGUACUUACAAGAUGAAAAUGAUAUCCAGGCGGUCAUUCAAGGCAUUGUCAAUCUGCAAAGUGCGCUGGAAAACGUGGCUAAUCUCACCUGGACAUACCCACCUGCUAAUGAGUCCGUGACCGAUUUUGUCAAUGAUAUGACGGUGUCAUACACGAACAGACGUUCGAACCAUUGGCUAGGGACUUGCAAAAUCGGCACCGACGAUGGCCGUCUUAAUGGGUCUGCCGUUGUAGAUCUUAACACCCUCGUAUACGGCACUGACAAUCUCUUUGUUGUUGAUGCCAGUAUUUUCCCGGGAAUGCCGACCACGAACCCGUCGUCAUAUGUAGUAGUCGUGGCAGAGCAUGCGUCAGAGAAUAUUCUUGCUCUAGCAGCUCCUACAGCUGUGGACCAUUAUGGACAGUGCGGAGGAUUGAACUGGACGGGAAGUUUUUUCUGUGCUUCACCGUAUACGUGCACAUAUCAGACCAGUUACUACUGGCAGGUAGGUCGACCAUUUCAAUGUUUGUCUUGGCUUUCAUCCUUGUCGUUGGAU